AGAAACCAUCCAUGCGAGUCUUUCUCUUCCACAGAAUCUUCCAUCUCAUACAACAAAAUCCUACUCCAUUAACAUUUUCUCAUCAUUCAACACCCAUUCUUCUAGCAUCAUCAUCAGUCAACCCAAAAAUGGCAGCAACAUUUGCCACCCCAUCCACCAUUGCAGGCCUUGGAAGUUCCUCACUACAAUCUUCCCGUGUCUCUUCACCUACGAGAUCAUCAGCUGCUGCUCUUCAUUCAAGCUUUGUGAAGCCAGGAGUGACAGCAUGGAAUCCUCUGAGAUUGGCUGGUGCUUCUGGAGGAAAGUUUGUCUGCUUUGAGAGAGAUUGGCUGCGUACAGAUUUAAAUGUGAUUGGAUUUGGGUUGAUUGGAUGGCUAGCGCCAUCAAGCAUACCAGCUAUCAAUGGCAAGAGCUUGACUGGGCUCUUCUUCGAGAGCGUUGGGACUGAGCUCGCUCACUUCCCCUCCCCCCCACCUCUCACUUCGUCAUUCUGGUUGUGGAUGAUCACAUGGCAUUUUGGGUUGUUUUUGUGCCUUACUUUUGGGCAAAUUGGGUUCAAGGGAAGGAGUGAUGGUUACUUUUGAAUAUAGUUUUUAAUUAUCUCUAGAACUACUCUUCUGUGUAAUCAGCUUCACUUUCUUAACUUAUGUUUCUUUCUUUACUGUGUGCCCAAGUAUUCACCAAAUAAUCAAUCCGAAUGUUGGGUAUGCUUCAACAA